AUGAAGGAUGCUGACGUGGUAUGCCGGCAGCUGAACUGUGGGCAUGCUCUCACCAUCCCUGUGGGAGCCCAGUUUGGUGGAGGAUCCCACUUCGGCCCUGGCUUUGGGAAGAUUCUCCUGGACAAUGUGCACUGCAGUGGUGAGGAGAGCCACCUGGCUCUGUGUGUCCAUGACACCUGGUUCACUCACACCUGUGACCACGAAGAAGAUGCCGGAGCCAUCUGCUCAGGUUCUGUUUUGGCAGCCCUCACUCCUAAGGUCUUCAUCAAAAACAUUAUUCUUGUUAACUUUAUCACCAUUGUCAUCAUCAUCAUCACCACUACCUAUGCCAUCAUCACCAUUGUCAACUUCAUCACCAUUGUCACCAUCAACAUCACCAUUGCCUUUAUCAACACCAACACCACCACUGUCAUCAUCAACAUUACCAUUGGAGGCUGGGCCUCGGUGAGACUGGUGGGCAGCCCUGGGAGCUGCGCAGGUCGUGUGGAACUUUUCUACCAGGGGACCUGGGGGACUGUGUGCGAUGACCUCUGGGACCUGCUGGAAGCAAACGUCGUCUGCAGGCAGCUAGGGUGCGGCUGGGCGGUGGCAGCUCCUGUUGAGGCCUACUUCGGGGAAGGUUUUGGACAGAUCCUGCUGGACAAUGUGCACUGCAGGGGAGACGAGCAGCACCUUGAGGAGUGCACCCACGGCGACUGGCUCUCCCACAACUGUAGGCACGGGGAGGAUGCUGGCGUGAUCUGCUCAGAAUAUUUUCUUGUAUCCACAGCAAUGCCAACAACAACACCCACGAUGAGGACAGUGGUCACCGGGUCUCUGCCUGCAGGGGACUGGCCCGAGCUUCGACUUGUGGGCGGCUCAGGUCGGUGCUCAGGACGAGUAGAGGUCCUCUACCAGGGGACCUGGGGCACCGUGUGCGACGACCUGUGGGACCUGAAUGAAGCCGAGGUCGUGUGCCGGCAGCUGGGCUGUGGUCAGGCUGUGUCCGCCCUCGGGCAGGCCCACUUUGGCCCAGGAUCUGGAGACAUCCUCCUAGACAACCUCCAGUGCGCCGGGGUGGAGCGCUACCUGGGCCAGUGCGCCCACUCAGGCUGGGCGGAGCACAACUGCGGCCACCACGAGGAUGCUGGUGUCACCUGCUCAGGAGCUCAGUCGUACGUCGGGAGCUGGCCAGAGAUACGGCUGGUGAAUGGCUCAGGUCGGUGCUCAGGACGAGUAGAGGUCCUCUACCAGGGGGCCUGGGGCACCGUGUGCGAUGACCUGUGGGACCUGAGUGAAGCCAAGGUCGUGUGCCGGCAGCUGGGCUGUGGUCAGGCUGUGUCUGCCCCUGGGCAGGCCCACUUUGGCCUGGGAUCUGGAGACAUCCUCCUGGACAACCUCCAGUGUGCUGGGGCGGAGCACUACCUGGGCCAAUGCACCCACUUGGGCUGGGCAGAGCACAACUGUGGCCACCAUGAGGAUGCUGGUGUCACCUGCUCAGGAGGAAGUAACUCUUGUGGAGGGGUCAUUUAUGGUCUCUCUGGAUCAUUUUCUACUCCCCGGUAUCCAGAAAACUACCCGACAGACAUCCAGUGUGUUUGGGAGAUCCACGUGGAUAAAAAAUUCCGCAUAAAACUCCAGAUUCUGAGUUUGAGCCUGGAAAGUAUCCCUGGAUGCCUCUACGACUCAGUCGAAAUCUUCGAUGGCCCCAGAAUUGCUGCGCUCUCCAUGGGGAAGUUCUGCACCCCAGCAACUCUGGCAUUUCUGUCCUCCUCAGACAUCAUGACAGUAGUGUUCCGAAGUGACGCUAUGGUCACCAGCACUGGCUUUCAUGCUGUGUUCAAUGCGACCCCACAGGGCGGAGGAGAGUCAGAAAAUGUACCGAAGCUGCGGCUGGUGGACGGGUCUGGAUGGUGCUCAGGACGAGUAGAGGUCCUCCACCAGGGGGUCUGGGGCACUGUGUGUGACAACCUAUGGGACCUGAGUGAAGCCAAGGUCGUGUGCCGGCAGCUGGGCUGUGGUUGGGCUGUCGCUGCCCCUGGAAAGGCCCACUUUGGCCCGGGCUCUGGCGACAUCCUCCUGGACAACAUCCAGUGCUCAGGAAGCGAGGACCACCUCGGCCAGUGCUCUAGCUCUGGCUGGUCAAACCACAACUGUGGCCACCAUGAGGAUGCUGGUGUCAUCUGCUCAGGUAGCCUCCCCCUAUGGCAGGUUCUUUCUGAUCUUUCAGACUAUGGCAUCUUGGUGAUGGGUGUGUCCCUGAGACUGGUGAAUGGCAGCCACAGGUGUGAGGGCCGGGUGGAGGUCUUCUACAAUGGCACCUGGGGCACCGUGUGUGAUGACAGCUGGGACCUGAGAGAUGCCAGCGUGGUGUGCCGGCAGCUGGGUUGUGGCAAGGCCUUGUCGGCCCCGGUUCAGAGCUUCUUUGACAGAGGAACCGGCCUCAUCGCGCUGGAUGAUGUGCAGUGCACCGGGGACGAAGCCCAGGUGUGGCAGUGCGUGCACAGUGGGUGGCUCUCCCACAACUGCGGGCACCACGAGGACGCCAGCGCCAUCUGCUCGGGUGUCAAUGGCAGUUCCAAGGCAGGACCCUCAGAUGAAAAUUUCCACUGUGGUGGUUUGCUCACAAAUGCUUCCGGCUCCUUCAGCAGCCCUUGGUACCCUAAUAAAUACCCCACAAAUGUGACAUGUGCCUGGGACAUACAGGUGGACCACAGAGCUCAUGUCAAACUAACAUUUGACAUGCUGGCGCUGGAAAACAUCUAUGGCUGUCCACACAACUUCGUUGAAAUCUUUGAUGGCCCACAGAGUGAAUCUCUCUCUCUGGGGAGGUUCUGUUCCGGUAUAACCCCAGUAUUUACUUCCUCCUCACAUCGCCUGACAGUGGUCUUCCACAGCAAUGACAACGUCACCAACAGUGGCUUUCAUGCCACCUAUGAGUCCGUCAUGCAAGAUGAGAAUAAUACUGAGGUGGCCCUCAGGCUGGCCAAUGGCAGUCACCGGUGCGAAGGCCGUGUGGAGUUGCACUACAAUGGGACCUGGGGGACAGUGUGUGAUGACAGCUGGGACUUGCGUGAUGCCCAGGUUGUGUGCGAGCAGCUGGCCUGUGGCAGGGCUGUGUCAGCCCCCAGGGGAGCGCAUUUUGACCGAGGCUGGGGCCCCAUCGCUUUGGACAAUGUGGAGUGCAUGGGGACGGAAGACAGACUGUGGCAGUGCGCACACGGUGGCUGGUUCUCCCACGACUGCGGCCACCACGAAGACGCUGGCGCCAUCUGCUCUGCCGCCCUGCCUUCCUCAACACCUUCCACCACGGGGAGUCCCCCAGCUCCAGCACAUCUUCCAAAGCCGACAGAGGUGCCCACACCCGCAGUUACCAACGUGGCCCCAGAACCAGCAGAAAUGGCUCCUGUGGACAGUAAUUCUUCUCUCUCUCUCCCAGACUUGCCCGUCAUCAGGCUGGUGGACGGGAGGAACCGCUGCGAAGGACGCGUCGAAGUCUACCACAAUGGCACGUGGGGGACGGUGUGUGACGACUUCUGGGACAUCAACGCUGCCCGCGUGGUGUGCCAGCAGCUGGACUGUGGGGAGGGCAUCGGCGCCCUGGGGAGCAGCUACUUUGGGGCGGGCAUGGGGCACAUCUUCCUGGACAAUGUGCAGUGUCGGGGCAACGAGACCACACUGGGCCAGUGCCUGCAUCUGGGCUUGUCUGUCCACAACUGUGGCCACCACGAGGACGCGGGCGCCAUCUGCUCAGUUUCGGCCUCAGCCACAGGAAUGGCCACCUCACCUGAUUCAAUCUCAACAUCUCCGACCUCCACAGCAGAAUCCUCUGCGAUUUCAGCAGAAGUCACCUCUUCAUCUGAUGUACCUUCCACCUCUGCUGAAGUGGACUACCCCUCAGAUACAGCUCGCCCUUCAGGUGAAGUGUCGUCCUCACCAGCCACAGAUCUGAUUUCAACAGAACCAACACCAUCACCUGUUACAAUCUCAGCUGGUGAAGAAAUGGUCUCUUUACCUGACCCGCUCCUGCGCCUGGCAGGUGGGCGCAGCCGCUGCGAGGGCCGCGUGGAGGUGUGGUACCAGGGCGAGUGGGGCACGGUAUGUGACGACCACUGGAACAUCAGGAACGCCCGUGUCGUGUGCCGCCUGCUGGGCUGCGGCCAAGCACUCAGUGCCCCGGGGCGCUGCCGCUUCGGCCCAGGCUUGGGGCCCAUCCUGCUGGACGACGUGCGCUGCACAGGCACCGAGGAUGCGCUGGACCACUGCGUCCACUCGGGCUGGGGUCGACACAACUGCUGGCACAGGGAGGACGCGGGCGUGGUCUGUGCAGGUGGAGCCGACUCUGUUGUGCCCAAGGACCACGCCAAGCUCUCCUGCGCACCUCACCACUUCCAAGUCACCAUUGACCGAGGCUACCUCCGGAGGCUGGGCUACUCCUCCUGGGAUGUUCACUUAAAUGAUGAGCUCUGUCGCCCCCAAGUCACGGGGCGCUAUCUGAUCUUCAGCAUUCCCUAUGGCCACUGCGGAACCAUCCAACAGGAAAACUUCGGCUCCCUCAGCUACUCCAACUCCAUCAGAGGCCGGGUAUGGGGCCACCCUGGCCGAGUCAUCGUGCGGCACAAGGUGCCUCAGCUGAAGUUCACCUGCACCGUAGAUGGCCCGUCAGCAAUUGAAAUUGUUUCUGGGGCAGACAUCCCAAGGCGGGGUGCCAGCUACGAUGUAUCCAUAUCAUUCCUCGAGUUGCCCAUGUCCCCACAAGAGGGGAGCAAGGGGCCGUACUACGCCAGCCAGAGGAAAGAGAUCUUCCUCGAGGCCACACUCCGCACCCCUGAUCGCCACCUGAGGCUCUUUGUGGACACCUGUGUGGCUUCUCCAGAUCCUCAGGAUUUUACAACUGUCAAGUACGAUUUGAUCCGACAAGGCUGCAUCAAAGACAAUACCUACGUCACCCUUCACUCUCACCAGAACAUGGCCCAGUUCAAGUUCGACGCCUUCAGCAUCCUCAGCAGCUAUGAUGUGGUCUAUCUGCAAUGUAAGAUUGCUGUGUGCCAAGUCGGGGACCCCUCCUCCCGCUGCUCCCAGGGCUGUGUGGAGCGCAGUCAGAGGAGUGUGGACCCCGAGGGGCCCACAAAAAAGCGGGCUGAUCACUUCCAGGUGGUGGGGCCCCUGGAAAUCCAGAGAGGAGCCGGUCAGAGCAAGCACUUUGUGUGA